GUCAAAUAUUGCUUGUUCUUGAAAGCUCGAGCUCACCUGUGGGAUACUUUUGGUUUUGCUUUUACUCAAAUCUUUCUAAACAUGUUUACACUGUUUUGACGCCUGAAAAUAAGACUCGUGCUGAAUUUUUACCAUGUUUUUCAAUCUUCUGCUGCUGCUGUUUUGUUUUGUCAGUCAUUGUGGAACCACAACUACACAUGUGACAGGAGAAAAAGGAGAAAAUGUCAUCCUGCCAUGUGACUUUGAGGCCAGAGAGAUUUCUGAUAUUGUUUUAAGCAGACUGUUAAAAGACAUUCUUGUUUGUGAGAAUGAAGAAUGUGAGAGUGAAAAUGGCCGAGCGUUUAAAGAAGGAUCAUGUGACGUCAUCAUCAAGGAUCUGAUCUUCAGUGAUGCUGGGAAAUACUUUCUGAGACUCUAUUACAAAAAUGAUCAGAGAGAACUGGAGCAACAGAUCAGAAAGUAUCAUCUUCAUAUUCAUGAUGGGAUUUCUGUGAAGAAAGGAGAGGAGCUGAAGAUGGAUGUUCUGUUGAUCAAUGCUGAUAAAGUGCAGCAUCAGAGCAGAAGAAGCACAGGGUGGAAGGAGGUGUGGAGCAGAAGAGAUGGAGUCAGGAGUGAUCGACUGACCGUCAGUGAUGAGACUCUGACUGUUUAUGCAUUUACAGUCACUGACACUGGAACAUACAGAGUUCUGGAUUAUGAAGGAGAAAUCUUGAUCACAGUCACAGCUUCCACACAUCCUGAUCGAGAACCUUUGAGUUGGACAGAGAAACUGAAUGAGUAUUUUGUGGUUUCAAUGGUUAUUGUGUAUUUAGUGAUCAUGGCAAUUCAGAUUGUGAUGAGGAUUGCUGGUUACUGGUAAUUAAUUUUCUUUGAGUGCCAAACAGAUCUUCAGAGGAUUCUGUAUUAAGAUUAUAUUUUAAGAUUAUAUUAAGAUCAUAUAAGAUUAUAUUUGUUUACUGUAUCUGCAAGUGGCCUAGUUAAAGAUUUGGACUAGUGACUGAAAGUUUACCAAUACUGAUUAUAGUAAAAACAAAAACACUGAAAGCAUUUACAUAUGUAUUUAAAAGGGUUGUAGAAAAUAUUUGUUUAAAUAAUAUUUAUUAUUUAUAUAUAAAAUUUCUUUCUUAUUUAAGAUAUAUUUUAAUAUGUAUUUACAUUUCUACUUGAUCUUUAUUUUCCUGUUUAUCAUUGUGAGGCUGCUUUAUAUUUAACAAUUAUUGAUAUUGUUGAUUUGACUGAUUUAAAAACAAUCUGUACUGUAAAAAGCUCUAGAAAUAUUAAAAUAAAAUCUUCACAUAUUUUAAAACACUAUGAAUCAUACACUUGCUGCCUUUGUAUGUGUUCAAAAUAAAAACUGGACAACACUUUUGAUCUCCUCCAACUGAUAGAAUUAUACCCUUAAAAAAUCUGUCUGUGCCAAUAAUACAGAUUGAGAUUAUCUGUGAAAUCUGUCAGCUCAAACCUGCAGUCUGGCUCUGAUUUUCAGCAACUACUGUCCACUCAUCCAGACUGUAAAUCAGGACAAAACUGUCUUCAUUGUGUACACUUUUCUGACACUGUAUGUAUUGAGAAAAAAAAAAAACUAUACAAAUUAAACAACAUUUGUAAGUAAUACUUUUGUUUGUGUGCAUUUUUGUAUGAUAUAUACUGUAUAUUCUAUGAUGAAAUAUAAAGAGGGGAUUUCAAGAGUUUA